AUGCAACAGCAGCAGCCUGACAUGAAUUCCUCGGCGCUCAGCGCGGCUAAGACGCAGCUGCGCUCCUUAAUGAAGCAGAGGCUGUCUGGCAUUUCGCAGGAGGCCAUCGCAUCUCAAAGUAAUAGGGUCUUCGAUUCAGUAUCCAAGUUUAGGCCGUAUGUCGAGGCGAAAAAAGUCGGAAUUUACCUGUCUAUGCCUGGCGGUGAGGUCCAGACGGACGGCAUUGCCAGGCACGCCAUAGCUUCGGGCAAGCAGGUUUUUGUUCCUUACUUACACAAGUCCAGCCUUCCUCGCGGCGAGGGCCCGGCUAGGCUCAUGGAUAUGGUGAGUCUGAAGAACAUUCAAGACUACGAGUCCCUGCAACGGGACAAAUGGGGGAUUCCAAGUGUCGAUGCUACCACGGUUGACGAACGGCAACGUAGCGUGGGCGAGCUGGAUGGUAAGAGAUCCGAGGAUGUGUCUCUCGACUUGAUCCUCAUGCCUGGAGUGGCUUUCGACGUCGACCCGCAAACGGGAGCUGUACGAAGACUCGGUCAUGGCAAGGGAUUCUACGACUACUUCCUGCAUCGAUAUGCGCUGGCUGUCUCUUCGGUGGGAAAGGCAUCAAAUGACCGUCCAGCUGUAUUGCUAUAUGCACUAGCUCUGAAGGAACAGCUUCUCUCCCCUACUUCGGAAGAGUCUGUCCCUGUUGGACCUCAUGAUCAACCAAUAGAUGGGGUAUUCCUCGGGGAUGGUCAAAUCAAAGAGUCUGCCCGGGGUGGCAGAGACUAA